AUGACUGAUAGAGUUUAUCGCGCACGAACAAGACUUCUUGAUCAUGAAAAGACAUUAUCAGAAAAGAAGGAACAAGGUAGAAAAAGCGGAAUUGAAUAUCCAGAAGAUAGGGUAAAAAUUCCAAAAAUUGGUGAGUGGGCUUUAGCACCAAUUUCAAUUGACGAAACAAUAGAAAAAGUAGAGCAAAAAUCACCUACUAAAAACGAAAAAUCUCCUUUUGUUAAACCAAAAAAGGGCAUCAAAGCUCCAUACAAAGUUCGUCCACCAAAGCCAGUCAUGGAAGAGCCAGAAACAACAAAGAAGACUCAGGUCCAUGAUUUUAAGCCAGGUGAAACUUCAACGGACUUAAAUGAAAUUAUAAAAGCUAAGCAAAGAGUUCAAAGCCGUCCGUUACCACCACUUAAAACAGGCGAAACACCAAUCACAGAAACUUUCUUACCACUUGAAAUUUUCGAUGAUACAACAUACGAAGAAUAUUCAAUUGAAGAGCUCCUUAAACAUCCAGAAGCGUUCUCCAAAUAUCAAGAUCUUAAUGGAGACAUCAAGUGGGAGAAGUGCAAAUGCAUUGGAUAUGAUCCUAAAGAGGAUGUUUUUGAAAUUGAAUGGGAUAAAACAAAGAAGAGGAAGAAAGUUACACGUUUCAACAUCAGAUUCGCAAUUGAAAGUGAAGAGAAAUUCCAAAUUCGCUUAAAUGAAGCACAAAGACUUUGCCACCAACAUGAACUUCAAUUUAGAUUUGAUUCACGUGUAAAGGCGAUGCCAAAGGAUUAUCUUCCAGAGCUAUCUCCUUACGAUAUCAACAAUAUUACAGAGAAAACAAAAGUUCAUCCACCUCAAGAAUACAAUAAUCUCGUUAAUUCUCUUUGCGUUGAAACAGCAGAUAACUUCAAGACAAUGAACAAUCAACUCGAAUUUCUAUACGAUCUUGAACAUAACCCAUUAAUUCCAAAUAGAGAUGAAUUCCUCAAUUUAUUCGAAAAGAAAGAAGAAAACACUAAAUACGGACUUGUUUGUGUCCCACACUACAACUUCCAAGAAAUAUUUGAGAGAUUCCGCUCGAAUUUCUUGAAAUCAAAUCAAUUUAUUCUCCAAGGUCUUCUAACAAUUAGCGCUACAUUCCAGCAAUCAUUGUCAAUGAACUUCUUGACAAAUGGAUGGGAUGAAGUUCUUACUCUGGAUGAAUUUGUCAAACGCCAAGAAGCAGAAUUAGAUUCAACAUGCAAACUCUUCAAGACAUCAAUCCAAGAAACAUUGGAAAGCGUUAUUUCAUCUACAAUGAACGAUAAUACAAUGCCUCAAGACCAUCAACAAGAAAAAAUGAUUUAUCAGAAGAUGGUCACUUUAACGCAGAGAAUGCUUCAUACGGUAUUACUCGACCUCAUCAGCAAUACAUUAAAGAACUUCGCUUCUCUUUUCAAUCGCUAUCAAGGAGAGGGAAGUAAUUUAAUUCCACCACAAUUCCAUAUCGAUCUUGUACUUAGCAAGGAAAACAAAAUCAAUCUCAGUCCAACCAUCGACAAAUUCCACGAAAAAAUCUUAUCUCUUCUACAAUUAUUAGAAAAAUCAGUUCAUAGCUUACCAGAAAUCAAUCUUCCAAUUCUCGAUGUCGAUAUGACUACUGUAUCAUUUGCUGAUUGCAUUACUUCAAUCGCAGCCUCCAAGACCGAUGUUUCUAAUACUCUCAAAAUAUUAUUCGAACAACUUACUAAAUUCAUCGAAGGCUAUACUACAAUCGACUCUGUGAUUGCCCUAGAUCCAGAGCAAUUUACACAAGUCUUCGAUCCAGACGGUAAAAAGUCAUUAGAUGCUUAUCGCGACCAAUUAACCGAAUUCAACCGAGUUUUAGACAUCUGCCAGAACCAGAUGCACAUGGAGUACAAGCUCGGCAUAUUCGAAGUUAACUGCCAGAAGUUCAAAGACGAAACAACUAAAAAGACAAGAUCGUUAAUCACUGCUUUAUUGACACACAUGAAGAACUUCGCGAUUAACGAGAUUAAGAACUUGCAAGCCGAGUUUAACAAGAUCAGUGACAAUCUCAAGGAGACACCAAAGACACCAGAAGAACUCGCAGCACUUAGAGAGUACAUGGAGAAGAUUAAUUCCACAACUAAAGAUCGCCAGGCCAAAAUGGACACAGCAAUGAAAAGAUUUGCUUUUCUUGAAGACUACAAAUUCGAAAUUUCUAAUGACGAAUGCCAAGAAAAGUACAAAACAUUGCAAAUGCCACAUAAAUUGGCGAUAACAUUCGAAGAAACAGAUAGAAACAUAACAGUAGAAAGAGGCAGAAUGAUCAGAGAACUCAAGAACAAUCAACGCCAGCUCGAAACAAAUACUUUGUCUGUUACAGAAAUGUUACCUGCUUUCAUUUCGAAGUAUCAAGACUUAGAAAUGACUUUCGAAGCUGUUGAUCAAGUCAAUGAGAUCCAAACAAAGCUCAUGGAGCUCAAGAACUUGCAAGAUCUUUAUAACAAACAUGAAGCAUUGUUCGAAUUCGAACCUGCUCCUUGCAAGACAUUGACAAAACUCAUUGAAGAAUUUAUGCCACUUUACACGUUAUGGAAUCUUGCGAAUGAUUGGCAGAAUAGCAACACAACAUGGCUGGAUACACCAUUCACACAGACAAAGUCUGAUGCAAUGAAUGGAUUCAUUGUCCAAGCAAUGAAGAAGAUCUCGAAAUUAAAGAAAGAUUUGGCACCUCAAAAAGCUUUAGUUGAAAAAGUUUUGUUGCCUUUGACAGAACAAAUUGAAAAGUUCAAACAACAUAUUCCACUUAUUUCGAGAUUACGCCAUCCAGGUAUCAAGACGAAACACUGGGAGAAGAUCUCAGAAAUCGUUGGAUUCCGUGUUCAACCAUCCAUGGAAAUGACAUUGCAACAAUUCUUGGAUUUAGGUUUGGAAAAAUGGAAUCAACAAAUUUCGGAAAUUGCAGGAAUUGCAGCUCAAGAAUACAACAUCGAAUCAACACUCGAUACAAUGGAUCAAGAGUUGCAAACAAAGAUCUUCAACACAGCUGUUUUCAGAGAUACAGGAACAUAUAUUCUUGUCGAUGUCGAUGACAUUAUUUCCACUGUUGAUGAUCAAUUAGUUACAACACAGACAUUAUUGACAUCUCCAUUCAUCGCUCCUUGCAAGAAACGCGCAACAGAAAGACUCACAUUCCUUAGAAGUUGCCAUGAUACAUUGGAUGCUUGGGUUGAAUGCCAGUGUGGUUGGCUCUAUUUACAGCCAAUUUUCACUGGAACAAGUAUCCAGCAGAAAUUGCACAGAGAAGCAAGAGAUUGGCAAAACGUCGACAAGAUGUGGAACGCGAUGUUGACAUUGACACACAACCAUCCUGAGUUCUUGACUGUUAUGCACAGAGAUAGAAUUCUCGAGAAUUUACAAGACGCAAACAAAUUACUUGAUUCAAUCACACAAGGAUUGAAUGCUUACUUGGAAGCAAAGCGUCUUGGAUUCCCAAGAUUCUUCUUCUUGUCAAACGACGAACUCAUCUCCAUCUUAUCACAUACAAAAGACUUCGAUCAGAUCCAGAAGUCAAUGAACAAACUGUUCGAAUACGUCCAAACAAUCACUGUCGACAGCGACAUGCAGAUCACUCACAUGAACGAUGAUGGAUUAGAAUCAGUUGAAUUAGUUGCUCCUGUCAAUGGUGAUACACCUGAAAUUGAAGACUGGCUCAACAACUUCGAGAAAGAGAUGCAAGACACACUCAAAGAGAACAUCAGAAACGCCAUCCCUGCAGCUUCGAAGAAGAAGAGAGAGCAGUGGCUAACAGAAUAUCCUGCACAAGUCAUUUUGACUGUCAACCAAAUCCUUUGGACAACACAAGUUACACAAGCUCUCAAAGGAAGGAAAGCAGGAAAUCUCAAGGCAUUGAUGACAAGAUUCAUCGAACAAUUGGAAGGAUUAACAACAUUGAUCAGACAACCAUUGAGUGGUGCUGUCAGACAAUGCAUCUCUUGCUUGUUGAUUUUCGAAGUCCACAACAGAGAUAUCAUCCAACAACUGAUCGACCAAGAUAUCUCUGAUCCAGAUGAUUUCAAGUGGAUUCAACAGCUCAGAUAUUACUGGGAAGAAGAAACAGUUUGGGUCAGAUCAAUCAACAACUCGUAUGAGUAUUCCUAUGAAUACGCAGGAAACUCAGCACGUCUUGUCAUCACUCCUUUGACUGAUAGAUGUUACCAAACACUUUUGGCAGCAUUCAAACAGAAUAUGAGUGGUGCUCCAAGUGGUCCUGCAGGUACAGGUAAAACAGAAACAGUCAGAGAUUGCGCGAAAGCUCUCGGAAGACCUUGCGUCGUUUACAACUGUUCCGAAGAAGUUACUCCUGAACAAAUGUCACAGUUCUUUGCUGGUCUUUCUUCAAGUGGUUCAUGGUCUUGCUUCGAUGAAUUCAACCGUAUCAACAUCGAAGUUCUUUCCGUCAUCGCUCAGCAAGUUCGUGUUAUCCAAGAAGCGAUCGCAAACCAGGUAGAAACAUUCCAACUCGAUGCAAGAACACUAAAGUUAAAUGCAAAUGCAGCUAUUUGCAUCACAAUGAACCCAGGUUACGCAGGACGUACAGAACUUCCAGAUAACUUGAAAGCUUUGUUCAGACCAUGCGCUAUGAUGGUUCCUGAUUUCGUCUUCAUUUCCGAAAUCAUGUUAUUCUCAGGUGGUUACAACACAGCUUCCCAAUUAUCUGUAAAACUUGUUGCUUUGUUCGAUCUCUGCCGCAAACAGUUGUCAAACGCUUAUCACUACGAUUGGGGCCUUCGUGCUAUGAAAGCCAUUCUUUCAACAGCAGGAAAAGCCAAGAGAAACAAUCUAGAAGCACAAGAAGCGAAGUUACUGUUCGAAUCAAUCAGAGAUUGCACAAGACCAAGAUUAGUUAACACAGAUAUUCCUUUAUUCGAAGGAAUUAUGCAUGAUGUAUUCCCAGAAGUUGUUUCAGAGAAGUCUUUGGAUGAAAAGAUGAAAGAUUACAUGAGACAAUCAUACAUCGAAUUGCACACACAGCCAAUUGACCUUUAUCUAACUAAAUGCAAUGAAAUCUACGAAACAACAUUAGUUAGACACGGUAUCAUGUUUGUUGGUGGUGCAAUGGGUGGUAAAUCAACAGCAUGGAAGGCUUUGCAGAUGACAUUAGGCAAAUUGGCCGCAGAAGGCAUUGGAAAGCCAGCAAAGACAUUCACAUUGAAUCCAAAGGCUAUUUCCAUUCCAGAAUUAUACGGUUUGUUCGAUCCAGUAACAAGUGGAUGGUCCGAUGGUGUUCUUUCAUCAUUCAUCAGAGAUUGCUCAAUGUCUGAACCGAAAGAAUGGAACUGGAUCAUCGUAGAUGGACCUGUUGACUCUCUUUGGAUCGAAACAAUGAACUCUUUGCUCGAUGAUAACAAAGUUCUUUGUCUUUCAAACAACGAACGUAUUUCAUUAGGAGCUCAUGUCAAGAUGAUGUUCGAAGUCGAUGAUCUUUCACAAGCUUCCCCAGCUACAGUUUCUCGUUGCGGUAUGAUCUAUUUCGAUCCUGUUACUCUUCCUUGGAGCGCAUUGGCUGAUUCAUGGGUAACAGAAUACAAGGAGAAAUACGGAGAAAUCAUUGAUUACUGCAGAGAAAUGAUGGAAAAGUAUGUUCCUAAGAUGGUGCAAUUCAUCGAAUGCGAUGGAAAAGUCGCUUUAGGACAUAACUCCGAGUUCUAUGUAAAGAACAUGUUCAACAUUAUUAAUUGCUUCUUCGACAUUUUGAGGAAGCCAGAAGAAAUACCAGCAAUGGACGGAGAAGAUCCAAAGACAGUUGAUCCAUGUGAUUAUUCCCUUUACUUCUCAAGAUACACGAGAAACAGAGAUAACUCAUUCCCUUAUUUCGAAUUAGAACAAGCUAAAGCAGCCUUUGAGAAAGUCCUUAUUUUCUCAAUGGUUUGGAGUUUUGGCGCUGUUUUAGUUGAAGAUUCAAGACCAUUAUUUGAUAAUUUCAUCAAAGAUUUAAUGGUCAAGAACGAAUCAACAGCACAAUUCCCUCCAAAGGGAACAUGCUUCGACUACUACAUCAAUUUCGAUAAGAUGGAAUGGGAGAUUUGGGUUGAAGGAGAUUUAGGCAUCGAAUUUAUUCCUAAAUCAGAAAUGGAAGCAUCAAAGAAUCAUCCUGUCGAAUCAACAUUUAUUCCAACACAGGAAUCAGCAACAAUGAUAUUCCUUGCAAGAUUACUCGUCGAGCAUCAGAAACAUGUCUUAUUCCAUGGCCCAGAAUCAUCAAAGACAAUGGUCGUAAAGAAUUUGUUCGAAAACGUUUUGCCGCAGAAAUACGAUUGCAGACAUUUGCCAAUCGCUAACUGCUCAACAGCAUCGAACAUUCUCAAAGUCAUGAGGUCAUUCAUGCACAAACACCACGGUGUUUUCGGACCAUUGACUAACCAACAACUUGUUAUUUUCCUUGAUAACAUUGGUGCAGUCAAACCAGAAAUUUACGGCGCACAACCUCCAUUGGAAUUAAUCAGACAACUUUGUGACUACGGCGGCUGGUACAACACAUCGAAUGUUGAGUUCCAGAACGUUGUUGACACAACACUCAUUGCUUGCAUGGGACCUGCUGGCUCUGGUUUGUUCAAUAUCCCUGAGAGAUUGAUGAGGCAUUUCAACAUAAUUCACGCCCCUAAGACGAAAGAAGAUUCAAUGAAGAACAUCUUGAAAUCAUUGUUGAAACUCAAAUUCACAGGGUUCACAGAGUCAGUUACAAAUGUCUUUGGAGCAACAGUUAAUGCAUGCAUUGAUAUCCACAAACAAUGCGUCGAAAACUUGCUUCCAAUUCCAUCUAAACUCCAUUACAUUUUCUCUUUGAGAAACAUCAUCAGAGUUCUCAAGGGAAUGUUGCUCGCAAAACAGAGCGAUAUCAACAACUCAGAAGCCUGGGAUAGACUCUUCUGCAACGAAAUGAUGAGAGAAUACAAUGAUAGAUUCAAUGUUCACGAAGAUAGAAAGUGGUUUACAGAAGUUUUACACAAUGCUUUGAAGAAGAAUUUCGGUGUCGAAUUCAAGACGAUUUGUCCAUCAGGAAGAUUCAUGUUUAAUGAGUUUGCAGACAGAGCAGGAAGAUACAAAGAAAUACAAGCUUCUCCUGCAGAUGUAUUAAGUGUCUGCAGAGAUAUGCUUGAAGAUCACAACAGAGAUGCUUCGAAACAAUUGGAUAUUGUUAUUUUCGAUGAAGCAAUUGAUCAUCUCUCCAACUUAAACAGAAUCCUAACAAUGCCAAGAGGAUACGCAAUUCUUGUUGGUGUUAAAUCAAGUGGUCGUAAAUCACUUGCAAGAUUGUCUUUGCACAUGAGUUCGAUGGAAGCCUUCGAAAUUCAAAUCACAAGAACUUAUGGUUUCGUUGAAUGGCGCGAAGACUUGAAGACACUGAUGAAGAACAUGGGUAUCAAUGAUACUCCAACAGGAUUCAUUUUAACAGACUCACAGAUCAUCGGUUCAUAUCAAUUGGAAGAUAUUUCCAAUCUUUUGAUCACAGGAGAAGUUCCAAAUCUUUUCCCAAGAGAAGAAAUGGAUCAAAUCAAAGGUGAAAUCAUGAGCAAUGAGAUGUUAACUGAUGAAGAUCCAUGGCAACUCUUCAUGACACGUGUAAAGAAGCAUCUCCACAUCAUCUUGGUUUUCUCUCCUUAUGGCUCAACAUUCAAGGAAUCAAUGUUGGCUUUCCCAGCUUUGAGAAUCGAGACAACAAUCGACUGGUACAUGCCAUGGUCUCGCAAUGCUUUGGAGUCUGUUGCACUAGCAGCAUUCGCAAAAUCAUCAAUUGGAACACCAGAUCAAGUCAAAUCUGUUGUCAAUGUUUGCGUUCAGAUUCACAAGAGCGUUGAAGAACAGGCAGAAGCCUUCCUUAAAGAGACAAAGAGAUUCACUGCUUGCACACCAUCAAGGUAUUUCGAUUUGUUGAAUACUUUCGUUACAAAACUCGCUGCUCAACAAGUAGAAACGAAAUCACAAGUCCAGAAAUACGUAGGUGGUGUUGAGAAGAUUUCAACAACACAAGCAACAAUUAAAGAACUUUCCGUACAGUUGGAUCAUGAUAUUCCUGUUCUCGAAGACAAGAAGAAACAAGUCGAAGAGAUGAUGCAGCAAUUGCAGGUCAGACAAGGCGAAGUAGAAACAACGAAACAAGCUGUCGAAAAGCAAUCAGAAUUGGCUGAAAUCGAAGAACAAAAAGCUUCAGAAAAGAACGCAAUUGCACAAGGAAAACUUGCUGAAGCUCAACCAAUUCUUGAAGGUGCUCAAAAGGCUGUCGAUUCCAUUGAUAAAGAUUCACUUACAAACAUCAAGACAUUGAAGAAGAUUUCUCCAGCUUUGAGAGAAACAUUUGAUGCAAUUUGUAUCAUCUUCCAGCGCUCUCCAAAGAAAGUUGAUGGUCCACAACCAGGUGUAAAGAUUGAUGACUACUGGCCAGAAACAUUGUCAUUGUUGAAUGAUGUACAAUUCAUCAAGAAAGUCAAACAACUCGAUGUCAAGGAAAUUCCGAAAUCUGUCAUUGAUAAACUGAAGAAAUAUGUUCCAACGGAUAAAUCAAUCAGAGAUGCAAAGAUCGCAGAAAUUGUCAAGGGAUAUUCCGCCGUUUCUAACUUGUAUCAGUGGGUUAUUGCCACAUACGAUUACUGGAAUGUCUAUCAGACAAUUAUCCCUGUCCAAAACGAAGCAAAUGCUGCUGCAGCGAAAUUGUCAGAAUCCCAGAGAAUUCUCGCUGAAAGUAAAGCACAUUUGCAGAGAGUUAUGGAUGAAUUGCAAGGCUUACAGAAGACACUUGAAGAACAGCAAGCAAUUCAAAACACUUUGCAAGAGAAUGUCAACCACAAACAAUUGAGAUUACUCAGAGCUCAGAAGAUUAUGUCCGGAUUAUCAGGAGAAACUAAACGUUGGGAAGAAACAGCACAAUCCCUCAAAUCCGGUGCAGAAUUCCUUUUGGGAGACACUCUUUUGGCAGCUGCUUCUUUGACACAUCUUGGCUCUUACUCACCAUCAUUCAGAUCGAGAUUGGUCGAACAAUGGAAAGGAUUCUUAAGUAACGAAAACAUCAAGUUCACCGCUAAUUUCUCGGUCGAAAGAUCACUUGGAAACGAGCCAACAAUUCGUGACUGGGUUGUCAAAGGAUUGCCAAAUGAUACACACUCAAUUGAGAACGCCAUCAUCAUCAAUAACUCGAAGAACUCAUUCCCGUUAUUGAUUGAUCCACAGUUAUCUGGUACCAAAUGGUUGAGAGCUGUUUUGGGAGAAACUUUGGUUGUUUUGAGAUUCGAUCAAUCAGAUUUCCUCCAAAUUCUCAGAAACUGUGUUGCGUUUGGUAUCCCAGUUCUCAUUGAGAAUGUUGGCCUCAAAUUAGAUCCUCUUAUUGAACCAAUUCUUUCCAAAGAAAUCAUCACAGUUGACGGACAAAAGAAGAUCUCUUUGGGUGGUGAAUACGGUGCUUACGAAGAGAAAUUCAGAUUGUUCUUAUCUACCAAAUAUCCGAACCCACAUUAUUCUCCAGAAGUCUGUUCUCAAGUCACUUUGAUCAACUUCACAACAACACAAGAUGGUUUGUCCGAUUUGUUGAUGAACAACUUGAUCGAAGUCGAACGCGAUGAUUUGGAUAAGAAACGUAUCCAAAUCAUGGAAGCAAACGCUCAGAACAUGAUGAAACUCAAAGAAGUCGAAGCCGAAAUUCUCCAGAUUGUUUCAAAUGUCGGUGGAGACAUUCUCGAAGAUGAUAAAGCCAUUGAAACUCUCCAAAGAGCUCAGAAGACAUCACAAAACAUCGAACAACAGAUCGCUGCUUCAGAGAAAACAGAGAAACAAAUUGCACAGUUCAGAGAAAAGUUCUCUCCUGUAGCUGCUCGUGCUGCAUUACUUUACUUCUGUGCAUCAGACUUUUCCGUUGUAGAUCCAAUGUAUCAAUUCUCAUUGAAGUGGUUCGUCAAUCUCUUCAAGAACGCAAUUGUUAAUGCGGAACAUCCAACAGAUCCAACAGCUCUCAUUUCCUCGUUCCACAUCUCAAUUGCUCGUGCUUUUUAUCAGUCUGUUUCCUUCUCUUUGUUCUCCAUCCACAAGAUGUUGUUCUCAACAUUGAUGGCAGUAAGAAUAUUAAUGUCUGAAGGAAAAAUCAAUUCUUCAGAACUUGCUUUCUUAUUGUCUCCAACAGGAACUAAAGAUCCAAAUCCAACAGAUUGGUUGCCAGAAGAUAUUUGGCAUCUUCUCGGUGUUUUGCCAUCAUUGAAUCCUCUCUUCCAGCAACUAGUAGACAGUUUGAAGGACAAAGCUGAUGAAUGGCAGGCUUAUUUGAAGUCAUCAACACCAGAGAACGAAAACUUCCCUCUCAAGAAGAAAUUGUCCAAUUUCCAGCAAUUACUUAUUUUGAGAGUUUUCCAUUUGCACAGAGUUCGCGAAGGACUUCGAAUUUUCGUCACAAACUCUCUCGGAAAAGAGUUCAUUGAACCACCACCUCUUAACCUCGGAAAAGUCUUCAAAGAGUCUUCUCCUCUUUCUCCUCUCAUCUUCAUCAUUACUCCUGGUAUUGAUCCACAAGAUGAAAUCAUUCAAGUCGCCCAAUCAAUGGAACUUGACAGAUAUCUCAAGAGCUAUUCAUUGGGUCGUGGAAGAGGCGCAGGAGCUGAAAGAUUGAUUGAAGACGCUUCAGAGAAAGGUUUCUGGGUUUUGCUACAAAACUGUCAUCUUUCUCUUUCUUGGAUGCCGAAAUUGGAACAUAUCAUUGACAAUUUCGAUCCAACGAAAGUCAAUCCAAGAUUCAGACUUUGCUUAGUUACAAUGUCUUCUCCUGAUUUCCCAAUUGGUAUCCUUUACCAAGGAUCCAAACUUAUCUACGAAAUUCCAAAGGGAAUCAGAGAAAACAUGUUGAGAGUCUAUUCAGGUAUGAACAGCGAUGAAUACAUGUCUGAUUACAGUGCAACAGAAAGGAAACUCACUUUCCAUCUCGCUUUCUUCCACGCUGUUGUUCUUGAAAGACUUCUUUUCGGAUCAAUCGGUUGGAACAUUCCUUACGAGUUCAAUCCAAGUGAUUUGACCAUUUCAAGAAGACACUUGAGAAUGUUCCUCGGAGAAGCACAACCAGGUGUUGUUCCUUACGAAUCAUUGGGUUACGUCAUUGGUGAAUUGAACUACGGUGGAAGAGUCACUGAUAAAUGGGAUAGACGUCUUCUUUUGACUCUUUUGAGAAGAUACUUCAGUCCUGAAAUCGAGAAACCAGACUUCUCAUUCGGACAGAGAUAUACAACACCAGAAUACAAUGUUUCUCUCAACGCUGUUGAAGAAACUCUCCAAACAUGGCCAAUUGUCACUGAAGGUAUUGAUGUCGGUUUAUCUCUCAACGCUUCUACAAUUACUGCUCGUAAUGAAGCGCUUUCCAUCUUCAAUUCCUUGAUAGAAAUACAGCCGACAUUAGUUGCUGCAAGUGGAUCAAUCAGUGAAGAUCAGUUCGCUCUUAAUUUGGUCGAGAAACUAAUUUCAGAAAUUCCGAAACCAUUCAAUGUUUUCAAUUUCACGAAGAAUUUCGAUCUUUCUGAUACAAUCAACACUGUUUUACACCAUGAAAUCUUGUUGUACAACAAGCUCUUGAAGGCCAUCAAAUCGUCAUUAACCAAACUACAGCGUGGUCUCAAAGGUUUGAUUGUUAUUGACCAAGAAUUGGAGUUGUUGAAUCGCCGUGUUUUGGCAAACAAGAUUCCAGAAGCAUGGUUAGUUCAUUCGUUCCAAUCCAUCUUAACAUUGAACUCUUACAUGGAAGACUUGAAGUUCAGAGUUUCAUUCUUAGACAACUGGGUAAGAACAGGAAGACCAACAGUUUUCAAGAUUGGAACAUUUUUCCAUCCUGAAGAGUUCUUAACAGCAGUUUUGCAAGUUUACGCAAGAAAACAUGUUGUUCCAUUCGAUUCAUUGACAUGGGCAACAACAAUUACAGAUCAGACAGAUGAAUCUAAAUUCCCAACACAACCAGAAGAAGGUAUCUACAUACAAGGUUUGUUCUUGGAAGGAGCGAAGUGGGACAUUGGAAAUGGAAGAUUGGUCGAAUGCGAACAAAAAGAACUUAUUUCGACAUUACCAAUUGUCUACUUGAUGCCAACACAGAACAAGAACUUGUACGACAUGUCUCAGACAUUCGAGUGCACAAUGUACAGAAUGCAGAACAGAGGAAGUGGAGCUUUGGGACUUCCAAACUACAUCAUGUCUCUGUUCAUUCCAACUCCUGAUGUAUCACCUGACCAUUGGAUUGAAAGAUCUGUUGCAACAUUCAUUACAGUUCAACAGUAA